UUGAUUAGUUUCUUAUAAUUUUUCAUCACAAAACAAGUUUUAAGAUCUAUACGUAGUCAUGAAUACUGUUCUAUGGUUGAUUGGAUUGUGUUGUUGUUCUGUUUUCAUUAGUCAUGGAGUUGAAGCUUCUCAUCCCUAUUACAGAAACUUUCAAUCUUUUCAAUCUAGUAGUAUCCCCACUUAUCAGCCUUACAGAACUGGUUAUCAUUUCCAACCUUCCAAGAAUUAUAUGAAUGAUCCUGAUGCGCCUAUGAUUUACAAUGGAAUAUACCAUCUAUUCUAUCAAUGGAGCACUUUAGGUGCAGUUUGGGGUGACGUAGUGUGGGCUCAUGCAACAUCCACCGAUCUCGUAAACUGGAUUCAUCAUAAACACGCGAUUUUCCCAUCCGAACCAUUUGAUAUCGAAGGUGUUUGGUCAGGUUCAGCAACAUUUGUACAAGGAAAGCCGAUUAUUCAGUACACCGGAAUUAUUAAGUCGAAUCAAUGGAACUAUCAAGUUCAGGACAUGGCAGUGCCUAAGAACUUGUCCGAUCCUUACCUUGUGGAAUGGGUUAAACCAGUUGAAUAUAAUCCUGUAAUCAAACCCACUGGCAUUAUCAAUGCUAGCGCAUUUAGGGAUCCGACUACUGGUUGGAAAGGUCCUGAUGGAGUCUGGAGAGUGACAAUAGGAAGCAAACUAGGCAACAAUGGAAUAUCAUUUUUAUUUCGAAGUGAUGAUUUUAUUCAUUGGACUAAAGCAGAACAUGGUCUUCAUUGGGCGAAGGACACUGGAAUGUGGGAAUGCCCGGAUUUUUUUCCAGUAGCAGUUGAUGGAAAACAGGGUCUGGAUACUUCAGUUCUCGGUCCUAAAGUUAAACAUGUGUUCAAGGUGAGUUUGGAUGACACCAAACAUGACUAUUAUACUAUUGGGACUUACAACCUGGAAAAGGAUAAGUAUACUCCUGACAAGGGAUCCAUCGACAAUGAUUCUGGUUUGAGGUUUGAUUAUGGGAAGUUUUACGCUUCGAAAACAUUCUUUGAUAAUGAAAAGAAUCGGAGAGUACUAUGGGGUUGGGCAAAUGAAUCUAGUUGUGUAGCAGAUGAUAUCAAGAAAGGUUGGGCUGGAUUACAAGCGGUUCCUCGAACAGUAUGGCUUGCGGAAAAUGGCAAGCAAUUGAAGCAAUGGCCUGUUGUAGAAAUUGAACGACUCCGCACCAAAAAAGUUUCUUUACAAAGUCAAGUUCUUAAAAGAUGUUCGAUAAUGGAAGUUCCUGGUCUAACAGCUUCGCAGGCGGAUGUAGAUGUUAAAUUUAAACUGCCGAAGCUGAAAGAUGUAGAAAUCAUGGACCCUAGUUGGGUUAACCCACAACUACUUUGUAGUUCAAAGCCAGCAUCAGUGCAAGGGAAAUCAGGGCCAUUUGGUUUGCUGGCUUUGGCUUCUAAUAACCUUGAAGAACAAACAGCUAUUUUCUUCAGAGUAUUCAAUCAUCAAAACAAAUAUGCUGUGCUCAUGUGUAGUGAUCAGAGAAGGUCAUCUUUGGAAAAAACUAAUGACAAAACCACAUAUGGAGCUUUUAUUGAUGUUGAUCUUCCUCAUGAUCACAUGCUAUCUCUAAGGAGCUUGAUUGAUCGCUCAAUAGUGGAGAGUUAUGGUGUUGACGGAAAAGCUGUUAUAACAGCUAGAGUGUAUCCAAAAUUAGCUAUUGGUGAUGAAGCUCGGCUUUAUGUAUUCAAUAACGGAACUGAAAAUGUGAAAAUGUCAAGUCUGAAGGCAUGGAGUAUGAAGAAAGCUGAAAUCAAGUAUCUUAAAGAUUUGGAAUUCUCAGAUAUCUAACUUCUGAAGACUGUGGAGUUCGGAUUUUCACGCAUUUACAGAGAGGGUAAUGCGUGUGAAGAUGUGCUGUAUAUGGUUAUGUUACUACCGUGUCCUGUUGGUGGUCUUCUCCACCUUCGAUUAUCUAUGUUGUAAUGAGGGAGAAGAUGUUCUUCCCACUUAUCGUUUCGUUAAAAGCUUGGAGGUUUGAUGUUAUAUCCCACUCCUUUCUGUUUUUCAUCUUCCAUGUAUGAAUAAAUAUGUUUGAGUUGACGAAA